UUCAGUGAAAUGAACUGGUACAUAUUGUAUAUAUCGGUUACCUCGAAAUGCUACCAACAACAAUGUACGAAUACAGGUCUUCUGUUUACAUAUUAAAUUCAAAUUAGAUUUACCUGAGCGGUAACAAGUUCCAACAAGAAACGUUUCUAUAUGAUUAUCGUGUUGUUGUUAUUUUUUCGAUCAAUCUGUUUAUACUGUCAACGCCUUAUUUUGCAAAUACACGACCGAUGGAUUAAUCCAAAAAACACACGCCUACUUAAAGAAGCUGCUGAAACAACAAAAACAGCUAACCAACGUAAAUUACUACAACAAAAUAGUGAAAGGUCAAGACAUAAACGUCCAAAAAAGCGUUACACAACAAUACCCAGCGAUAGUGGCUCAGCAAGUACAUCAUACUUGGCCGAUGAAACCUGCAGAUUCUGUUUAAAUUCUGUCCAAGGUUAUUGCAGACAUCACUUCCAUUUGCAGGAGCUUCAGUUGCAACGACAACGACAACAACACCAACAACAACAAAAUAUACAACACCGCUUUUGGAAUCCAUUGAGUAAUGUAUUAGCAGAUAAAACACAGGAAUAUCGUCAAUUACGCAAAAUAAAUCGUGAAUUAAAAAGAAACUUAAAAAAUCGAUUAAAUACUCAAAAUCACAGGCAACAACAAAAACAACAGCAACAAUUUAAAAAUCUACACCAUCAAACACUUCAAAAACGACAGCAGCAAGAGGAAGAGUAUAACCAAUUUUACACAUACCAACCAAUACCUUCGACUCCACAGCGAUUUCCCGAAACUUCUUGCCCCACAUACGAAUUCCGCAAAGAUAGGAAUUUCACUUGUAGUCAUUUAGAUGAUUAUGAGUACACAAUUGUACCAAAUCAUAAAACGAUAUAUAAUAUAAAUACAGUGGAUUUUGAAGACCCUACUAAAGAAAAGAGUUUGACGACAGAGCAUUAUAAUAAGACUAAUACCGCUACUCACAAUAACGAAGUUAAUUAUAUAUUUGAACCAAUAUUAGCGCCAUCCUCUCCAAAAUCAAUACAAUCAUCAGACUCAUCAACAUCGUCUACUUCAUCUAUAUGAUCACCACU